AUGUCGCCCGGCGCCGCACGAAAGGCCAGGAGCCAUGGCCUGGUGGGAAAACCACUACUUUACUUCACGAGUGUCUUUGUGUCAUUGGGUGUUUUCCUUUUUGGAUAUGAUCAAGGAGUUAUGUCAGGGAUUAUCACGGGUGCCGAUUUCAAAGACUACUUUAACCAACCAACUAUGGCGGAGGUCGGUACCAUGGUUGCCAUUCUAGAGAUUGGAGCGUUUAUUUCAUCUCUUAUCGUUGGAAAAAUCGGUGAUAUCAUCGGUAGAACGCGCACUAUCCUCUACGGAUCUAUGGUAUUUUUUGUUGGAGGUGCUUUCCAAACAUUCGCUACAGGGAUUCCCAUGAUGCUUGUCGGUCGUAUCGUCGCCGGUUUAGGCGUGGGUGCCUUAUCUACCAUCGUUCCUGUUUACCAGUCCGAAAUAUCCCCUCCCCAUAAUCGAGGCAAAUUGGCCUGUAUAGAGUUUACUGGAAACAUUUGUGGUUAUGCGGCUAGCGUUUGGGUAGAUUACUUUUGCAGUUAUAUCCCAAACAACUGGGCUUGGCGGCUGCCUCUCAUGUGCCAAUGCUUUAUGGGUGCUCUUCUGGGUCUUGGUAGCCUUAUUAUCUGCGAGUCUCCUCGAUGGCUGCUCGAUACCGAUCGCGAUGAAGAAGGAAUGGUUGUGAUAGCCAAUCUGUACGGUGGAGGUGACCUUCACAAUGACAAAGCACGCCAAGAAUACCGUGAUAUCAAGAUGGGAGUCUUGAUUCAGAGACAGGAGGGCGAGCGGACAUAUAGGGACAUGUUCCGCCGCUAUUCUAAACGAGUUUUUAUUGCCAUGUCUGCCCAAGCAUUUGCUCAGCUCAACGGCAUUAACGUUAUUUCCUACUAUGCCCCGUUGGUCUUUGAAUCCGCCGGCAUGAUGGGACGCAAGGCACUGCUUAUGACUGGUAUCAACUCGCUCUCCUAUCUGGCUUCGACUAUCCCACCCUGGUACCUUGUAGACCGCUGGGGCCGACGACCAAUUCUGCUCUCCGGCGCCGUGGCGAUGAUUAGUUCCCUAUCCUUUAUCUCCUACUGGCUUUAUCUUGAUAUAAAAUUGACCCCGAUCCUCACCGUUGUUUUUGUCAUGAUAUACAACGCUGCGUUUGGUGCUUCGUGGGGCCCGAUCCCAUGGCUUUACCCCCCAGAAAUCUUACCUCUCAGUAUUCGAGCGAAAGGUGCAAGCUUGAGUACUGCUUCCAACUGGGCUUUCAAUUGGCUGGUCGGAGAAAUAACUCCGGUUCUGCAAGAAAGUAUCAAGUGGCGUCUUUAUUUGAUGCAUGCUUUCUUUUGCGCGUGCAGUUUUGUUCUAGUAUAUUUUGUCUAUCCCGAAACUAGCGGAAUCCGACUAGAGGACAUGGAUGCGAUCUUUGGCGAUGGAGCCACGGCUGUUACUCCAGCUACUCCCGCAGAACGCGACGCUCUCAUGGGCAUAGGAUCGCCCGUCCCCUCUCUUGAUAUUCGGAGGUCUCCUGAUAGUUAUCCUAGCGCCGAACAUUCGAUCCCUGGACUAGACAUUAGCCCUCCCGAAUCAAGUAAUAAUAAUAAUAAGUUCGAUCAACCCGACACUGGCAAGGUAGAGCGAUCUAACCCUCGCGAAGGAAUUGGUGCAUGUCGGCUUGGGCAGGACGACGAAGGUUAG